CGUGAUUUUGGCGUGACUGCACUGCGAGAAUCCCGCACAUCCGCCAUCACUACAGCUAAACACACACACACUCACGCUGAGUAGUGUUAGUAGGCUAGUGUCAGCCAAGCACUGACAACAACACAGAGAUACACAGGAGCCCAGGCCUUGGGGAAAGGUCGAGUGGGGACUCAUGAAUGACUGUAUGCUGCUGUUUUGAUUAACAACAACUCCAAAACAAACAAAAAAUAAACAACAACCGUGUUUCAUGUUUGAGGAGAGUCAACACACUCACUGACCAAAACCCCCCAAAACAAACCAUGUCUAAUCUGAGCAAAGGCGGUACCAAGAAGGACACUAAGAUGAGGAUACGAGCUUUUCCUAUGACUAUGGAUGAGCGGUAUGUGAACAACAUCUGGGAACUGUUGAAGAAUGCCAUCCAAGAGAUCCAGAGGAAGAACAACAGUGGGCUAAGCUUUGAGGAGCUGUAUAGAAACGCCUACACCAUGGUACUGCAUAAACACGGCGAGAAGCUCUACACGGGCCUGCGGGAGGUUGUCACAGAGCACCUAAUCAAUAAAGUCCGGGAAGACGUACUCAACUCCUUAAACAACAAUUUCCUGCAGACCCUAAACCAGGCCUGGAACGAUCAUCAGACGGCCAUGGUCAUGAUACGAGACAUUUUAAUGUACAUGGACCGUGUGUAUGUGCAGCAGAACAACGUAGAGAACGUCUAUAACUUGGGCCUGAUCAUCUUCCGAGACCAAGUAGUUCGGUACGGCUGCAUCAGAGACCACCUCCGCCAGACGCUGCUGGACAUGAUCGCCCGGGAACGGAAGGGCGAGGUGGUAGACAGAGGAGCAAUUAGAAAUGCGUGCCAGAUGCUUAUGAUAUUGGGCUUGGAGGGACGGUCAGUGUAUGAGGAAGACUUUGAAGCUCCUUUCUUAGAAAUGUCUGCAGAGUUCUUCCAGAUGGAGAGUCAGAAGUUCCUGGCAGAGAACAGCGCCAGCGUGUACAUAAAGAAAGUAGAGGCACGGAUAAACGAAGAGAUAGAGCGAGUGAUGCACUGUCUGGACAAGUCGACAGAGGAGCCAAUAGUCAAGGUAGUGGAGCGGGAGCUCAUCUCCAAGCACAUGAAGACCAUCGUGGAGAUGGAGAACUCUGGCCUGGUCCACAUGCUUAAACACGGAAAGACGGAGGAUCUGGCCUGUAUGUAUAAGCUAUUCAGCAGGGUGCCAAACGGGCUGAAAACAAUGUGUGAGUGUAUGAGUCUAUAUCUGAGAGAACAGGGGAAAGCUCUGGUGUCCGAGGAGGGAGAGGGCAAGAACCCUGUCGACUACAUACAGGGCCUGUUGGACUUGAAGACACGCUUUGACCGUUUCCUGCAGGAAUCGUUCGGUAACGACCGGCUCUUUAAACAGACCAUCGCUGGAGACUUUGAGUACUUUCUGAACCUCAACUCCCGAUCACCCGAGUACCUCUCACUCUUCAUUGAUGACAAGCUGAAGAAAGGAGUGAAAGGGCUGACCGAGCAGGAGGUUGAGUCCAUCCUGGACAAAGCUAUGGUGCUCUUCCGGUUCAUGCAGGAGAAAGAUGUUUUUGAGCGUUACUACAAACAGCACCUGGCCAGGAGGCUUCUCACCAAUAAGAGCGUCUCUGACGACUCGGAGAAAAAUAUGAUCUCCAAGCUUAAGACAGAGUGUGGUUGUCAGUUCACCUCGAAACUGGAAGGCAUGUUCAGGGACAUGAGCAUCUCUAACACCACCAUGGACGAGUUCCGGCAGCACCUGCAGUCCACUGGGCUGUCUCUAGGCGGUGUUGAUCUAACAGUCAGAGUCCUGACUACAGGUUACUGGCCUACACAGUCAGCUACGCCCAAAUGUAACAUCCCUCACUCCCCACGGCAUGCCUUUGAGGUCUUUAGAAGGUUUUACUUGGCCAAGCACAGUGGCCGGCAGCUCACACUGCAGCACCACAUGGGCUCAGCAGACCUCAAUGCGACCUUCUAUGGGCCUGUGAAAAAGGAGGAUGGAUCAGAGUUAGGCGUAGGAGGUGCACAGGUAACAGGCUCCAACACAAGGAAGCACAUACUACAGGUAUCCACCUUUCAGAUGACUAUCCUCAUGCUCUUCAACAACAGAGACAAGUGCACUUUUGAGGAGAUCCAGCAGGAGACGGAUAUCCCGGAGCGGGAGCUGGUACGAGCGUUGCAGUCUCUGGCGUGUGGAAAGCCCACGCAGCGAGUGCUUACCAAGGAGCCAAAGAGCAAAGAGAUUGAGAACGGACACAUGUUUACAGUCAACGACCAGUUUACCUCCAAACUGCACAGAGUCAAAAUCCAGACAGUCGCUGCUAAACAGGGGGAGACAGACCCAGAGAGGAAGGAGACGCGACAGAAAGUGGAUGAUGACCGGAAACACGAAAUCGAGGCAGCCAUAGUGCGCAUCAUGAAAUCAAGAAAGAAGAUGCAGCACAAUGUACUUGUAGCAGAGGUGGCUCAGCAGUUACGGGCGCGGUUCCUCCCCAGCCCAGUGGUGAUCAAAAAGAGAAUUGAAGGACUUAUAGAAAGAGAGUAUUUGGCACGAACACCAGAGGAUCGCAAAGUGUACACUUACGUGGCAUAGACAUGGACACAGAGGGGUGUAUGAGGGAAAAACUGUUCAUAAAGACUGGGAAAUUCAUUUUAACAGGUGAAUUUUGGAAUCUGACCUUUUCCUCCUGAACAAAAGCAACUUAAAACAAACACAAAAGAUCAGAAAUGAACAGCAAAAAGAAUUGAAACAAUCCAUUAUAAAGUGUUGUAGAUGUUUUGAUUAGGCCACCACUUGCACUCCUGUACGGAUCUCAGCCAUGGAUGGAUCCAGCUUCAAGCUCUUCACUGGUUUAUCUGUGUACAAACUGCUGUUCAAAGGAAAAGAAAAAGAAUCCCUUGGGAAAAUGUGAAUGCACCACACAUUUUUUUUGUUUGUUUUCAUUAUUGUAAAAAAACAAGAAAAUAAAUAACUAAAAAAAAAUAAUAAAAUAAAAAAACAGCAAAAAUGUGGGUUGCUGGAAAAAAAUUAAUAAAAAGGUUAAUAUUGAAACACCUGCCGUGUUCUUGAGGUUUCAGUAGUAACUCUGUGGUAUCUAGACACUGGCAUAAUUUCAUCUGCAGCUCCAGACACAGCAUAUUUAAAUGAAAUAGCAGCAUGAACUGACUGACUAUAUCACUCUGUCUUUCUCUCAGUCCCAAAUUUAUAGAUAGGGAUGCAUUGAAUGUUUGGCAACCGAAAUUGUUCGGCCGAAUAACUUUGACCGAACAACGACGUGUUUGAUGACGCACCAAAUAGCCUAGCAAUCAGAGUGAGAUGCGCGAAUUUCAUGACCGCCACUUCCGGCAGCGCGCUUGGAGGGAUGAGGGGGCGCACGCAUGCUCUUCGGAUGUUGACAACCGUGACAUUGUUUACUGUGGACAGGUGCAUUUGUUUUGUUUCUGUUCCGGAGUAUUCUGUCACAUCGCGAGACGUAAGGGAGUAGAGUACGGAAGCAGGUAAAGACGUAUUUAUUUAAGGGAAUAUAACAUUAACAACGUAUCUAACUAUACUAUAUCUACUAUAAUACUCAGCAGUAUAUAUUCCGAAUAGAACCAUUUUUUGCACUCUUGUCAAUGCACUUUUUAAUGCACUUUUUUGUUGUAGGCUACAGAGUGUUACAUUCUUUCAGCAGUCAGAUAUACUCCUAACAUAGGCUAUUCAAGGGGGGCUCAAAGAUGACCACAAAAAUAUUUUUGUUUUACUAAUUUAUUUAUUUAAAGUUAUAUUGUGCCUUGUUGGUAGCCUAUGCCUGCUGGAAUGAAAAAAAAUGUUCAGUGUUAAAUAUUUUGAAAUUGUAGCUUUUGUAAUAUUUUUUUUCUUUGAAAAGCAAGACAAAAUAUUAAAUAGCACAUUUUGACUAUUUAAUUUAUGCAAUGGUGGAAAAAUGCUGAAAAAAAUGGUAAAAUAAAUGGAAAAACGUGUUCGGCCUUCGGCCAAGCUUUUCAUUAUAUUCGGCUUCGGACAAGAAUUUUCAUUUCGGUGCAUCCCUAUUUAUAGAUAUUAUUUCAUACUUUGUGUUUAUUACUGGAGAUGGAACACUUGCAGCAAAGCCAUAAAUGCUCGAGUAAAAAGUCUGGACUGGCUCUUACUGUACUGUAUAAUGGGGUUUUAGAUAAAGUCAACUGGUAAGAAAUCUCUUUUUGCCUGUUUAUUAUCAUUGUUUUGAAAAACUUAAAAGGGGGAGAUGUGGUGUAACUGUUUUGUCAUACAUUUUGACCUGGGCAGCGGGGGACACUUUAGAGGUAGCACAGGAAGUAAGAGAAAAAAGGUACAUUUUUGUUGCAUGUGGUGCACGAGGUUGUUAUUAAACCACGUGGUUCAAAUGGUACGCUAUCUCCAUUAUUCCACUUUACCAGAAACAGUAACGCAACAUGGUGUCAGAAGUAGGAUAGCGUGUCCAGGGGAAAAUAAAGCACCGUGUAGAAGUUUGGUCGAAAGAAAAAGUUAAUUAGGCGCUAGCUAGCAAAUGGAAAGGCAGCUAAUGGAGGGAGCAGGUGAGCCAGCAGCCGCAGGGAGAGGAGUCGUCCCUGGGCCGACUGCUACGUUCAGCAUCCAUCCACCGGAGCCUUUUGACUUCACCAAACCCCAAGAAUGGGAAAAAUGGAUUGCGAGGUUCGAGCGCUUUCGGCAAGCCAGCAAUCUUCCUACAACCAUGGAUGGAAACCAGGUUAACACCCUCGUGUACUGUAUGGGGGAUGAAGCGGAUGAUGUACUUAAACGACUGAAUUUACCCGACACCCAGAAACAGCAAUAUGCCGCGGUAAGAGACGGAUUUCACAGCUUCUUCAUCGUUAAGAAAAACGUGAUAUACGGAAGACCACGUUUUAACAUUAGAAAGCAAGGAGAAAAUGAAACUGUCGACUCGUUUGUGACUGCUUUAUACACCCUGGCUGAACACUGUAACUAUGGAGCGCUGCAUGAUUAGUUAAUCAGAGACAGGUUAGUAGUAGGACUAGCUAACCUGCGCCUGUCAGAGCGCAUGCAGCUAGAGAAAGACCUCACGCUAGAGAAAGCUAUCGAGAUGGCAAGACAGACUGAGGCAGUUAAACAACAGCAGACCAGCCUGCGUGGUGAAAUGGUGGGCAAAAGAAAAAUGUGCUCUGUGGAUAGAGUAAUGAGCAAUGGUAAACCGUUCCAGAAAAAGAAGAAAUACCCACAGAGGGACAAACCAAGCCAAGGGCGCACAGAGAAUAACCGACAAACUAAAUGCUUCAAACGUGGGAAAAGCCCCUCUCAUGCAAAAACACUGUGUCCGGCAAAUGAAGCUCCGUUCUACUGUACCGACGCUACCAUCUCUACUGAACCCGUCACUUCCCGACAGCGCAGCAGUCGUUUCAAAGGAAAAAGAGAGAAGGAGUGCGGACUUAAAAUGCUUCAACAAGCGUCACCAAGCAGAUGAGCUCAAAAACAUCUCACCGGGAGAACAGGUGUGGGUGACUGACGCGAAAGUAACAGGGACUGUGGUGGGGGAACACUCAACACCCCGAUCAUACCUGGUGGAUGUGCCUCAUGGGACUGUUCGGAGGAACCGUCAACACCUUAUCCCCAUGGACAACCCCGCGAGUGUACAGGACACUCAGAUGCCUACACCAGCAGACACAGUUGUGUCUUCCCCUGGACAACAAACACCUGGACCUGGUUCAGCUUCCACUACAGUCAGACCCAGAUCUGGCCUUUAAGUGGUGAAACCACAUGGAUUAGACUUGUAGAAAAGAGAUGAAAGAAUGGAAGAACCACUGAAAGAUUUAGUUUGGAAAAAAUAGACGUUUUCAUAAUAUACUUACGUUUAUGUGAGAAUGCCAUAAGUUGUUGCUAUGUUACUAUGGUGGAAAAAUGUACAGUUUACCCUUUUUGCUUGAAGGAAGUGUUCUGUAAUUAAUGGCAUAAGGGCUGAGUUUAGAGCUAUGUUUAUUAUCAUUGUUUUGAAAAACUUAAAAGGGGGAGAUGUGGUGUAAUUGUUUUGUCAUGCAUGUAGACCUGGGGAGCGGGGGACACUUUAGAGGUAACACAGGAAGUAAGAGAAAAAAGGUACAUUGUUGUUGCAUGUGGUGCAUGAGGUUGUUAUUAAAGCACACGGUUCAAAUGGUAUACUAUCUCCAUUAUUAUUCCACGUUACCAGAAACAGUAACGUGACAUUACUGUACUGUAUAAUGGGGUUUUAGAUAAAGUCAACUGGUAAGAAAUCUCUUUUUGCCUGUUUAUUACUUUAGCACUAACACAAAAAUACUGUUUAAUGAAGCGCCUUCAUAUCAUUCACAUAUAUUAAAUAUUCAUUUAACAAUUGAAGUUUUUACGUUUCUAUUUAAGUAUUCCUAAUAAUUGUAUG